AUGGUCAGUUCACCAUAUUUUGCAGGUACCACUGUAGCACUCCUAGUUCUUGCUUUGGGAUUUCUGCUGUCAGCGCAGGUUUCCCCACGCAUCACUUUUAAACCAGUAGCUCCAUCAGGACAGAACGGUACUUGCACAAGAUACAGUUACUGUAAUGAAUGUAUGUUGGAUCCAGACUGCGGUUUCUGCUACAAGAUGAACAAAUCAACUGUCAUUGACUCCUCCUGUGUUCCAGUUAACAAAGCAUCUACGAAUGAGGCAGCCUGGGGCAGGUGUGAGAAUGAAACCAAAUUUAAAACAGAAGAAGUAUUUUGGGCUUACAAUUUCUGCCCUACGCCAUACUCCUGGACUGCACUUCUGGGCCUUAUUUUAUAUCUUGUUUUCUUCGCACCUGGAAUGGGACCAAUGCCUUGGACUGUGAAUUCUGAAAUAUAUCCCCUUUGGGCAAGAAGUACAGGAAAUGCAUGUUCAUCUGGAAUAAAUUGGAUUUUCAACGUUCUCGUUUCACUGACAUUUUUACACACAGCAGAGUAUCUUACAUACUAUGGAGCCUUCUUCCUUUAUGCUGGAUUCGCUGGUGUGGGACUCCUUUUCAUCUAUGGCUGUCUUCCUGAGACCAAAGGGAAAAAAUUAGAGGAAAUUGAAUCACUCUUUGAUAACAGGUUAUGUACAUGUGGCGCUUCAGAUUCUGAUGAAGGGAGAUAUAUUGAAUAUAUUCGGGUGAAGGGAAGUAACUAUCAUCUUUCUGACAACGAUGCUUCUGAUGUGGAAUAAUUUUCAGCUGCUGAUAUAUUGAGGUAUUUAAACAAACCUGGGGGACAAAAGCAGCAAUUGGUGACCUCAAUGCCCUGCUUUUAAUCUGGAUCUUUCCAGUCUAGUUUUGAAUGACCUCAUCUUCUAGAAUAUUUGAUUAGGAGGAAGAUACAACCAUGAUGACAUUUUUUUUUCAAAAGCAGAAAUGUAAAACAAUAUUUAGAUAUUUUAAACUAAUAAUUAUUGAACAAAUGUAUGUAAUUCCUUCCUGAGGUAGUCUAAAAUGAAUAUUGUAUCCAGUGACUUCAGUGGUAUCCUUUUUUCCUAAAACCAUAUAUAAUUAUUAGAGUCAGUGCUAAUCUAGCUUAAUCGUAUAUGUAGGAUAUACUUAUGAAGAAGGAUUCUGGAAUAAGAUCCAAGGGUGUUUUCUGUCAAAACAAGGCCUUAUUGGCCCUAAAUUUUCCUAAGGACAAGUAGCUUUUCUGUGAUCAGCUAUUAGAAAGUAAAUUCUAUUUAAGCUUUCAACAAAUUCAGAAGUGCCUCCCACAGAGGCACGGUGGUCCUUACCCCCUUUGGAUUCCACAUUUUGGUCUCUCUCUCCAAAUCAGAUCUUCAUAGAGUUUUUCAGAAACUGACUCUGCACAGGACCUUUUGAACAUUAUGAAAAGCAGGUCUUUUAGGGUUUAUUUUCAUGUAUAUUUUUUGCAUUGGUGAUAAGUAUCCAUUUGCACAGAUAAGCUAGCAAGUUUUGAUAAGUAUAUUUUAUUGCUAGAAAGUAAGAAAGAAAACAUUUUUAUGGAUCCCUGAUUUGAGUUAGUCACUUAGGUAUGCAACUGUAAACACAAAACAGCACCAGAUCUUCAACUGUAUUUCAGGGUUUCUGUUCAUGCCAAAAUCACCUGAUACUCACCACGCCUUCACUCAUCGCCUCUGGAGUCCUAUUUGUGCCUUCGUUUGUUUUAAUAUAAAUAGCUGCUAGCAGACUAUUUUUCCCAUUCUUUUAAUCAAAUAAUUCCUGAAACAAAAAAGAAAGAAAAUCAGUGACAGAUAAUCCUGUUAUUGAUAUUUUGUUUAAUUAAAUAGGGCGACUUAUUUUUUCCUUAGCUUUUUAUUAACUCUUAAGAGAACUGUACUAGUGUUUUCUUUAAGAACAUAAACUCAUUUUAUUUUGCACACCCUUUUCUCAUUUUCCUUCAGAAUUUUAUCAAAAAAGAUACAGAUUUGUCUGUGGGUCUUUCCUUUUUCUCAUACUUGGCUUGGAUUUUUUUCCUUCUUGUCUAAAAAUUAGGGUUUUCCAUUGGAACAGAUUAAUGGUUCUAAUAUACCAUACAUUUCUACAGUGUCUUCUCAGAGUGUUCAUUGGUUUUUAUGCUCAUUCAUCAAUGAACUCUAAUUUUUGCUCUUAAGAACUAUACAGAAUAUACAAAAUUACUUGCUAGUUCCAGUGAAAAUAUGAAUGAAUCGUCUGUGGCCAGAUAGGAAUAUAUAAGUUUGAUGGAUUUUAAUAUGGCUCUAAAUCUCUAAUAAGGUACUCUUUG